UGUGCCGGGGAUCAGUGAAAAGAGGGUGGCGGUGCUCGCGGGGGUUCGCGGUGCUCGGCUCGCGUCUGGCGGCCUAGAAGCAGCCCGUUCGCGCCGCGAACGGUGGGGGUAUCCGCGGCCAUGUGCUCGCGCGUCGACGCUCUAUCGGCGAUCAGUCGUUGCCGCGCGCUCACGUCGAGCGUCUCGUGUGUUCUCGGUACAGUUUUCAUUCAACGUCUGAUCCCGCGGUUAUCUUGAUACCAAAAACCGCGUAACGAAAGGGAACGUAACCCGGACCAUCGCCAAAGGAAGCUAGUUCAACGAUGACGACAGUGCGCACCCUGGAUUGCUCGGCGCGCGUGUGAUCAAGGAUUCCGCCUUAAACGAGGGGGUGAGAAAUCGAUUUCGAUCGCGGUGAAAAUCGGCAAUUCGUGAUCCCGUUUCACGGAAGAUGCCAAGGUGAUCCCGUAAACCCUCUCUUACGUUCGUCUCGAUCGUCUUCGCACACUUGAUUGCGGUUGUUUUUUUAUCUGAAUCGGGUCGAGCUUCGCCGUCGACGAGAGUUCUCCACGGUGACCAAGUGAGCUGCUCGACUGUUCCGUGAACGCAUCCUGGCGCGUUGUUCCCGGCGUACAGUGGAAUUAUUCACGAUCGUGCCGCGAUCAUGCACCACACUGCGCCCUGGUACCUACCCUGGGGCCUGAAGCUGGUGCCGCUGCCGAUACCGCCUGGACAUCCCGCUUCCGGGAUCCCGAAUCCCGGUUUGCACCUGCUGGCACCGUUGCCAGGGAUCUACGCCCCCGAACCACGAAAGGUUGAUUUAAAACCGCUCAGAGAGGCGACGAUCACUGUCCCAUCGCCGAAGAUCUCCGAAAAGCGAAAGUCUGAGGAAGCCGAUGUCAACAAGGAUUUGAAAAAGGCGAAAUUGGAAACGAAAGCCCUGAAAGCGAAGAGGCCGGGAUUCACAGACGAACGGUACAACGAGACCAGCUAUUACGUGGAGAACGGACUCAGAAAAGUGUACCCUUACUACUUCACCUUCACCACAUUCACGAAAGGGAGAUGGGUGGGCGAGAAGAUCCUCGAGGUUUUUGCACGAGAGUUCCGCGCGCAUCCGGUGGAUGAGUACAAGCGCUGUAUCAUAGCGGGAACCCUGACCGUUAACUAUCAAAAGGUGGACGUUGAUUACAGAUUGCGGCACAAUGACCUGCUGGCCAACGUCGUUCACAGACACGAGGUGCCUGUCACCUCGGAGCCGAUCACGGUGAUACACAUGGACGAGGACGUCGUCGUGGUCAACAAGCCCGCCUCCAUUCCUGUGCACCCGUGCGGACGGUACAGACACAACACCGUGGUCUUCAUCCUGGCGAAAGAGUACAACCUGAAGAAACUCAGGACCAUCCACAGGCUGGACAGACUGACCAGCGGCAUUCUCCUUUUCGGUAGGACGCCCAAGAAGGCGAGGCAGAUGGAGCACCAAAUAAGAAACCGACAGGUUCACAAGCAGUACGUGUGUCGAGUGGAGGGCGAGUUCCCUGAAGAGGAAGUCGUCUGCUCGGAGCCGAUCGAGGUGGUGUCUUACAAGAUUGGUGUCUGCAAGGUGUCCGAGAAGGGCAAAGACUGCGUGACCAGCUUCAAGCGUCUCAGCUACAACGGCAAGUCGUCGGUGGUGCUGUGCAAGCCUCAAACAGGACGAAUGCAUCAAAUCCGCGUGCAUCUUCAAUACCUAGGCUACCCAGUGGUGAACGAUCCGCUGUACAACCACGUCGUGUUCGGUCCCCAGAAGGGCAAGGGUGGGAACAUCGGGAAGACCGACGAGGAGUUAGUCAGAGAUCUGAUCAGCAUCCACAACGCGGAGAACUGGCUGGGCAUGGACGGGGAUUCGGAGAUGAGCCUGUUCAAGCCGAAGCUGGACAUGGAGGAUCGCGUGCUGAGCAACGACAAGGACGGCUCAUCGCCUUCCUCGACGCCAGGCCUCGGGGAGGAGGAGCAGCAACAACAACAACAGGAACCAUCGCAGAAGGUGACCGUGGGCACUCAGACCGGUUCGGAGCCGCCUGAUUCCAACUUUACGAACGACAAGAUGACGAUCGACCCGCACUGCUACGAGUGCAAAGUGAAGUACAGGGACCCGAAGCCCUCCGAUCUGGUGAUGUAUCUGCACGCGUGGCGCUACUGUGGCCCCGGUUGGGAGUACGAGACCCCGCUCCCAGCGUGGGCGGCCAGCGACUGGGCCGAGGAGGACCGAUAGUUCCGGUUCAGGAGCCCACCAUCGAGCGAACGAGCUGUCAUCACCCUUCGUAUCCCUUUUUGAUAUCCUUACCCCGUGCCUUCCAUCCGCCAGCGAGCGAUCUCGACCAUCGUACAUGUACCCACCCCUGUGACCAGGUCGCUGGACUCGCGAUGAGACCUCGACGCUGGUCCUCGACGAGCGUGUGUCGCGCCAGGUGUCUGCGCCGAAUCGAGGUUCCAAGAUGCGCGCCAAACGGGAUCCUCUCGAUAGACCUGUCCUGGAUGUGACCGAUGGAACAAACAUAGGGAUCCGAUUAAGUCAGUUUUGACUUCAGGGAUGUUCUUGAGUACAAACUGCCGAAUAGAUUUACUCACGAUUUCAAUCUAUUGGCUACAGAGAGAAAGCAAGAUCAGUCCUGGUUAACGUAAAAUACAACACCGUUAGUCUUGUAAUUCCUUGAGAGACUGAUCUUUCUUUUUUCUGCAAUACUGCUCGCUGUACCUAACGCCUGACAAGGUCUUAAAGAUCUAACGACUCAAGAGGAUCCUUCUAGGCCUGUCCCUGUUGCGUUCGAGAACUAUCGACUCGGCAGCCAGCAGAUUUUGUAUUUACUCCGACAAGUAUUUUUCAAAUCGUUCCGUAACCUCGACAGAUCCGCUGUGACUGGGUCUGAACAGCUAUAAUUGCGAGGUAUCGAGCUAGAAACGUACGCUUCAACGACUGAUUUUGCCCAGGUUCACGCGUUAUCGAGGAUCCCGACUGUCCCGCAUGAAAGAUUGAACCAUCAGCCAGGUACGAAGCUGGUUCUAUAAAUGGGUCGGUCGAAAAAUCACUGCCACCGAAGCGCACGAGAGAAGAUUGAUGCAACUGUCAACCACGGGAGCCUAGAUGGAUCGCAUCGUCCUUAUUCUUGAUUUAUGACACAUACAGAGACGAGAAGCAGUAACGCUCCUUUUCAUUUCAAAGAUUGGGCCUCGAAGACGAAAUUCGAUACUGAGUUCGAAAGGAAGCGUGCCUACUUGGAUGUUAAUUUUCUGGUUCUUCUACUCUCUUAUGUAACUCAUGGUAAAGUUAAGAUCAACUGAUGAAGUACUGAACUCUGGACACCGCAUAAAGAACACCGAAGUUAAUUCAUCGUCAAUGUAGAUAUAGAUACAUUCUCAGUUAUAUAAAAUAUAUGUUCCAGCUACUCUUUCAAUCAAGAGCUUUAUCGAUAGAACUGGUACAUUAACCUUGUAAUUCAUAAUAAAUUGUCUGACCCUUCUUAUACGUAUACGUUAGAAGCCAACGAAAGCAAAUAAAAUGACCCACAUUAAGUUACAUCUAUCUUCGACCAUCGCGAACGAUCUGCUUUCCAGCUAUCAACUUCGUCUCUCGUCGAUUCGACCGAUUCACUGUUCGCCCAACGAACGUCACGAACCGAACCGAACUAGCAACCGUUCACGGUGAACCGACCAUUUCAACAUCUCACGAAGUUCGACUGAUCUAUCGGAUCCUAUUGCGUGUUCAUUCGUAACCAGAGAGCAGAGCGUUAUACCAAACGAAGGUGUAAUCGUCGUCAACUGGCGUAAAGUAAUCAUCCUCGAGAACCGCGCAGGCAAAGGGGGCUGACGUAGGAAACUGCAAUAGAAACGCGUCUAUUUUUAUGGCUGAUUAUAUAUAUAUAUAUACAUAUAUAUAUAUGUAUAUAUACAUACACAUAUACAUAUACAGGAAACUAAAAUAGUGGCGCAGGUCCAGCGGCAGAGGUCUCCUACGAUAAGCGUGAUCUUGCCAGAGGAUAGCCAACGGUCAUGCCAAAGAGCGAGCGCGUCCAGCGAGAGAGAGCGAGAGAGAGCGAGAGAGAGAGAGAGAGAGAGAGAGAGAGAGAGAGAGAGAGAGCGCUUCACUUCAAUCAUAUCGUGUACGUGUACCUUGUUCCAGCGCGUCCGAACGGCCGCGGCGUAGCGGCAAGGACUUGCAACAAGUACAAUCGAACCGAGUGAAAUAACGAAGAUUAACAUCAUUAUUUUGCUACGAGUCACGUUCGUUUCCUCUAGCGGGGCUAUACAUAAGGUUUUAUCGUGUGCCGGUUUGUCCGUGACCGGGGGGUCUGUAGUCCAACUGAAGGAAGAAUCUGCUUGGGAGACUGUCCAUCGCUUGUCCUGAUAAAGGAAACUUCUCACACUCUGUAGAGAGGUCUGUGAUGCCUAUGGUUGACACAAAAUCAGUUAGUUGCUCAGUCACCGAGUCAUCCUCAAUGAACCAUCGUAGUGCUCUUAACUGUGUGUUUGGAGAGGGAUGUUUCAAUCUCUGACUCCAGAGGUGGUCAAUUCUAUCUUGGGCUAUUUAUUUAAUCGCUAGUUUGCGAAUACAAAACAGAUCCUAUUGUUAGGACUUUGAAUAUGGCUGGUGCGAAAUAAUUUGUAAUUAAAAUUUGUACAUUGAGCUGUCUAGGAUAGACAAUAUCAUCGAUCAAGUGACUUCUUUCUUCGACUGCAGAUCCCUUUACUUGGUGACAAUACGUCACAUAGUGGGUCAAAGAUGUCGCCACUCGAACGAUGUCUGUGUUCGCGUACUGCAAUAACUCUCGCCUUCUCUGUAACGUAUCGUGUAAAAUUUUUCGCUAAAUCAACCUUGUCACCUGGUCUUUGGGUCGCUGUGCACAAGGUGCGCACCAGUCUCUCGUGGCGAUUUUGUUGAAUACGAUCGUUUGGUUGUACCGUGUAAGCAAAUGGUGAGAUUGAUGGUGACCAGCGAGAUUGCGUAAAGGGAACAAAAAUCUCCUUUUAUAUGAAUGCUUUGUAAUAAUCGCGAAACCUGAAUAAAGAGUAAAAACUAAGGCACGUUAAUCGAAUGAUGAGAGAUGCUCGAAGUUAUGUGUAUACGUUUCCCGUUGCCCCUCGCGAUAAUUGAGAGCAAAAUGCGAACACAGAGAGACGGAGAAAGAUUUUUAGGUAUAUAGAGGUAGGAGGGAGAUAACGUAACAACGGACCUAUCAUAAAAGACAGUGUGUGCGCUUACUAACUCACCGGAAUACCUUGUCGGGAGCACAAGUUAUUCCGAAUGUAAUGGCUAGCUUAAUUUUAUUUAAGUAAACUAACUUGAUAUUGACAACAAAAAAUCACACAAAAAAAAACAACAGAAAAAACAGAAGAGGAACGGAACUCUAAAAGACAGUCCCGAUCAAAAUGACGACGGAGAGAAAAAUCAUGGAUCUGUGAAUCGAGCGAGCGCUUUUGUAUGUAUAUACAUAUAUAUAUUUGUAUUGUAUACGAUAUACAUAUAUAUUGUAUACACACAUUGUACCGUAUCUGAGCGACAUUAUUAUCUGUACCGUAGUCAGCGGAACGUUAGAGCUAGAGAAUUUUUUCUUGUAUAAUGGACGAAUAAAUGCAAAGUAUCGUUCGGUA